UAUGUACGCGUCGGUCUCGAUGAGAUCGUGCAACUGCCAAAUUGUACCACUACGUCGUCUUUUGUUUAAUUUCCCUGUGUUUGCGAUCUUCUCUGCGACCCACUCGAUGAUGACGGUUGACAAAAAAAUUCAAUCGGAUCGUUGCGAGAUCACGGCACGGGCGGAGGGAAAUAACUCUCGACGGUUUCCGAGUCGAAUUAUUUUUUGAUCCAAUUCUUUUUUUCGUGUGAAAAUUUUUUCAUGUUUUUUUUCUUCUCUUUCAUAUCGCGCGGAUAUAGAUAUAGAUAGAUCAGAAGUAGUAGCGUGACGCACGUGGUGAAUCAGUUUGUUGUUUUCGAAUUCAGUUCGUAGCAAAUAAAGUUGGGAAAAAAUAAGAGAGGAAUACGCGACUCGUAUUAUUGUACGAAUCAGUUGCCAACCGGACGAAUUCUCGAGAGCAGUAACGCAAAGAAUCGAGAAAGCGAAACACAAAAACUUAAAGUUCGUUCGCAAUAUGGGUAUACAUCUCAUCUGGGUGUUUCGCUUCGGUUUUUUUUUUUUUUUUUUAAAUAAAAUUGAUACCUUCCCGCAUCUUAUUUCUCUCGCAACGAUAAUCUCCUGCGGUCAGGCAACUCGCGAUUGUUCCGCGUCGCGAUGUUCGUCGAUCCCUGGGGGAUGUGAAUUUUUCAAACUUCGAACCCGAAAUGGCGUGCCCGUUGAUCGUUUGUUUCACGAUUGCCCCGCGACAGGAAAACGGAAGUGGUCUGAUUAAUUCAUCGUUGCAAAGUAGAUCGAAGCCCAGCCGAUACCGUGCAAGACUUUUAUUUCAAUCGUCAAGCGACAAAAAAGAAGAAAACUGAUGCAAAGGAAACCGUACGAUCGUUCAUUAUUCACGAACAAAUGAAAUGACAAUAGAUGCAACGCGCGUGAUGUAAUGAAAAUGGAAACCGAAUCGAUUUGUAUAUCCCUCGAUUACGUUCGUAAAAUGGACAUUCUUGUGACAUGCACUCUGCGCAAUGGCGACCAAUUUCAUUAUUUGCACAAUCUGAUCGCACGGUUACUGUAAAAAAAAAAAAAAAAUCACACUGUUUCAAUAAUUCCAGCGCAUAUCGAAAACUGGGGAGCAUCCAGUCGUGGAAGAUCUAUCGCUAGGCUGAUACCUCCGAUUCUUUGCGUAGAACGAAAAUAAAAGCUAGAGAAAUAAUCCGACUCUUCUCCCACGAUGAAUCGUCGUGUCAGGCUCCUAUGGAUCGUUCUGACGAUCGUUUAUCCCCUCAGGGUUUUUGGGCUCGCUCCUUUUUCCAUCGACACCGAAACUUGGCGGAGAGCGUCGACUAAUUUAUCGGCACCAAGGGUCUUCGUCCCGACUAAAAUCGGCCUCGCUUACGACGUCCUUCUUUCGAUCGCGUUUUUGGUGCUCGCAGCACUCGCCUGGCCCAGUGCUUACGAUCUAGAUUAUCCAAAUAAAAGUUUCUUCACCGCAACUACCGAUGUCGUGCAAGGAAUGAUCUUCAUAGUAACGACUUGCGUUAUCCUUAUCUCCUGGGGUUUCAACCAAACGAAAGCCGUCGGGAUAAUCAACAGACUGAUCGGUGUCGAGUUUGCGCUCAAUAGUUACUUCGAGAAUCGUCCGGUAUAUUCAAAAUUAUCGAUCGCCCGCUGCGUUUUUCAUUUGAUAUCAAACGCCGCCCUGUGGAUCACAUUGUGGGUUACGGAGAUUGUGAUCUAUUCCAAGGUCAUUGUUAUAUUAUGGUCCUAUAUCAAUGUACCAAGUUUUUUAGUUUACUGUUACAUCGUUGAGUACUUAAUCGCGCUCGGUUUGAUUGCUAACAAAUUCGAAAGGGUUAACGAUUGCCUCUCGGAUUUGAAUAUGGUAUCGUAUCGAACGAGUUCCCGGCUGUUGGCAGAUUUGAAAUUACUCCAUAAAAUACGAACGACGCUCUUCGAGGUCUCCGAGGACCUGGCGGAAUUCUUUUCUUUUCCAAUUUUACUCUGCAUCGCUUGUUCGUUUUUUAAUUUAGUUUACAAUUUUUAUUACCUGCUGACUUACCCGUUUUUAUCGACCGACACUCCGUCGAACAUCGCUCUGAAUAAUACGCUCUCAUGGAUUCUCGUUGCUCUUUAUCCCCUCGUUUUACUCUUUGCCAGUAUCAAGGAGACCAUCGAAAAGGCAAAACUAACGGCGCUCAUUAUAGAUAAAUUAUACGAUGCAACGACGCGAUCGGAGAUCAGAACUGAGCUCAGACACUUUUCCCUUCAUCUACUUCACGAAAAGCUGCAUUUUCAAGCCUACAACUUCUUCACGAUCGACUUCAAUUUAUUGCAAUCGAUGAUCGGAGCCACCGCUACCUACCUCGCGAUAAUAUGCCAGUUCAAUUUCGAAUCUCUUAAUCCUAUCGGAAUGCGUCGGACGAUAACGGGACAAGAUUUAUGGCUAAUUUGCGUAACUGCCGUACAGUUUUUCAGUUUUCGAAGUGACCUCAACGUUCGCGGUCGCAUGGGGAAAAAUAUUUCACCUUCGACGAUGAAAUUUCUGCCAAAUGGUUACAAAAACUUACUGAACUUCGUAAAAGCAUGUGUGAUGUUUUCGAAAAUUUUUGGCCUGACACCUUUCUCCGUCAGGAUUGAAACCGAAACGAUAAAAAACAGCUCUCAGCGCAUUUUGGCUCGGGGGGGACCAGCCUUCGUGAAUUCGAAAUUUGGAAUGGCUUACAAUAUUCUGAUAAUAAUCGUGCUCGUGGUAACGCCGGUAUACAUUCUGUCGGGAGAUUUAGCCAUCGACUACGGUACCAAGAACUCCAUGACAAUAGCUAUAUGGGUGGUCCAAAAAAUUCAGGCUUUCGUCGCAGCCGUUAUAGUGAUCGGUUGUUGCGGAUUUAGGCAAAAAAUGAUCACGAGUAUAACGAACAGAUUGUUGAACACGGAUGUUCUACUCGGUUCAUUUCUCGAUAAGAGUCGUCAAGUAUUUUCGACGUCAUACUAUUUGGCGCACAUUAUUUUCACUGCUUCAAUAUGGAUGACUUUCGUUAGCUUUGAACCUCCAAAUCAUUACGGCGGAUCGAAGCUAUUGGUUUGGUGCGUCGACAGCAUACCGGCUGCGAUAAUGUACAUUUUUACCGUAAAGUAUGCGAUAAUCGUCGGUUCGAUAGCCAGAGAAUUGAAAAACUUCAAUGAAAUAUUGUCGGAAUUCGACGAGUCGAUCAACGACGACGAAUCAACGAAUCCUCGCAACUCCGCUGCAGGUUUAUAUUGUUACGCAUCGUUGAUAACUCGACGAAAUAAUUACGUAUCGCCGGAUCGAUUAGCCUCCCUUAAAUUACUCCACGCCAUUCGUAACACUCUUACAGAAAUCUCGAUAGAUGUGAGACAAUAUUUUUCAUUUCCCAUAACGCAUUGUAUGAUCGCAUUUUUCGUAGCUAUUGUCACACAUACUUAUGCGAUAACGACUAACGUUCUGUCGGAAGAAGAAAAAUUUUCAUUAGACGACGGAAUUUUGAAAGCCGUCUGUCGGUUAUGCAUCGUUUGUUAUCCGAUGAUUCUGCUCUUCGAGAAUGUCAGAAGAACUCUGAAACGGGCUAAUACCACCGGACACGUAAUUCACACUUUGCUUCGCAGAUCCAACCAACGAGACAUAAGAACCGAACUCGAACAAUUCUCCUGUCAAUUGCUACACGAAAAGAUCAAGUUCACAGCAAAUGGAUUAUUCUCAUUGGACUACUCGCUGUUACAUUCGAUGGUAGGGGCAACGACGACCUACCUCGUUAUUUUGAUGCAGUUUAACGACGCGGGCACGGAGAAAAAUUUCAGUCAAUUAAGCGAAGUCGAACGAUUUGAAAAUGAGACUACUUGUAAUAACGAUAAUAAUCAUGCCAUCGGUUAUAUUCGCAAUGAUACUUGAUAUUUUUUUUUUUUCUUUUUAUUAUUAUUAUAUUUAUAUAGCGAUCAGGCGUUUUCUACAUGCACACGAGAUACAUUUCGAUACAAUUAUUAACAACUAUAUUUCAUAAUAUAGGCUCAAUUGAAAAUAUCCACGAUGCUUAUAUAAAUUAUUACGAUAGUAUUUGAUCUUCACUCGGAACAUUGCAUACACAUAUGUGUAAUAAUUUAUUCUUCUAUAGUCGCUUGCAGUUACGCAUUUAUUUAUCUUGUUGCCUCAUCUAAUCUUUAAUCACAACCAAACAAUACUAAUACGUAUUCAUCGUAUUGGGGUGGUUAUCUGAUAGAUAAUGUCAUCUCAACUUUGAGAUUAUACAAAUCUCCGCGUAGACGAUACAUACUCAUUGAACUUAUUCACCUAAGCAUUCUAGCUGUAUAUAAGCGAUAAUAUAUAUAUAUAUAGGUAAUA